CAGCGCUGCUGGCCGUGGAUGGAAAGCUGGAAAGCCGGACUUCUGACCGAGCUGCAAGAUAAAUAUGUAUCCUGCCCGUAUUACCAACUAUACAAGUAUAACUCUUCUUUUCUUGGUAAGAGUGGCUGCCAUUCUUCAACACGGGUUCGACAAGCUUGGGGAAAUGCAGCCAAUCGGGAUUGCUGGGCAAGGCCGAUCCCCUCCUGACCUACGAGCAGGAUAUUACUUCACGACACCUUUGAUGUUGGCUCCUCACUUUGGGGUCACAUAUUGGAGGGACCGGGGUGUCUGCUAGGGCCAUGUCCAGGGUGCCUUGAGUCCUAGGCAGAGCGCCUUGAGUCCUAGGCAGAGGACGUAACGAACUGAAAGCCCCUGUAGCACAUGCACCAAGACCGCCUGGUCUUGAAGGGGGCACAUGUUACAGAAUGGAUACCGUUUCGACCGACUGCCUUCCGGCGAGAACAUGCGUGUGCCCUCUGCUGCGACAGAGAAGCCCCGAGCAGGGAAAGAUACAAC